AUGUGGAAAAGUCAUAAUAAUAACAACAACAGUACUAACGAUAUUAAUAUUCAUGAGAACCAUUCUUCAACAGAAAAUGAGGACAUAGAAGAACAACUAGGCCUACUUUCUAACAAUAGAUCAAAUCAGAGACAAAAUCAUAGUCAAGUUCACUAUAUUUCGAUUCCUAUUGAAAGGAAUAAUCUUGAAACUGUUGAAAAUGAUCACAAUACUACUAUUAAUAAAAUUAAUUCCUUGUCUUUAACAAGAAGAAGGCAGUCAAUUCUUGACACGCCGAUUGGUUCUUUUCGUGGUCCAAAUUCUUUAAGUCGUUUUGCAACUUCUUUGAAAAGAGCAAAUUCUUUUAGACAUAUUGAAAUUAAUCCUGAUCUAGAAAGAUCUUUUUUUAAAGAUAAUAACGAUGAGACUUUUGAUCCCGAUACCAUGGCUCCAUCACAUUUAGGCAGACGUCUUUCCAUGGCCUUACGACCAAAUUUGACAUCCAAUGGACAAACUCUUCUUGGAGCUGGUAUUCAUUCAAUUUCACAGAGACCAUCAAUACUUAAUAUUCGUGGUAUUGAUACAUCAAUUAUAGACGAAAAUUCAGUAGAUUAUGGUUCUAUUUAUUCUGCUACUGAUCAAUUACCUUCACAACAAGAUAAUUUAUCACCAAAUGAGUCAAUUUUAAAACCGGCUAUUUCAAUAGCUGAAUUAGCAUCAAAUUUAGGCAUUGAUGGUUAUACUGGUAAUAUUGCUCCUGACCAGGACUCAAUUAUUUUAAAACAAGUAGAGGGAAAAGAUGGAGAAAUGAUCACUGUUCUCGCUGGUCAAUCAACAGGUCCGCAAACCAUUUUUAAUUCGAUUAAUGUACUUAUUGGCAUAGGUUUACUAGCUUUGCCUUUAGGCUUAAAAUAUGCAGGAUGGAUUCCUGGUUUAAUAUUAUUAUCUAUAUUUGCGUUUGGUACAUUUUGUACGGCUGAAUUAUUAUCUAGAUGUUUAGACACUGAUCCAACUUUGAUGUCAUAUGCUGACUUAGGCUAUGCUGCAUUCGGUUCCAAAGGUCGAGCUUUAAUCUCUGCACUUUUCACAAUUGAUUUGAUGGGAUGUGGUGUUUCAUUAGUCAUUUUAUUUGCUGACUCCUUAAAUGCGCUGUUUCCACAAUAUUCUGUCAAUUUUUUUAAGAUAUUGGCAUUUUUUGUAGUUACACCCCCUGUCUUCUUACCUUUAAGUGUCUUAUCAAAUAUAUCAUUGUUGGGAAUUCUAUCCACAACUGGGACAGUAUUUGUUGUCACCUGUUGUGGUAUAUAUAAAAAUACAAAACCUGGUUCUUUGCUAAAUCCCAUGGAGACUAAACUAUGGCCAACAAAUUUUGAAAAUUUUUGUUUAUCAAUUGGUCUUUUAAGUGCUUGUUGGGGUGGCCAUGCCGUAUUCCCAAAUUUGAAAACUGAUAUGAGACAUCCAUCUAAGUUUAAAGAUUGUUUAAAACAAACAUAUAAAAUUACUUCUUUUACCGAUAUAGGUACUGCUGUAGUAGGAUAUUUAAUGUUUGGUGAAAUGGUGAAAGAUGAAAUCACUAAAAAUGUUCUUUUAUUGCCAGACUACCCACCUUUUAUUUAUGGGUUAAUAUCUGCAUUAAUGACAAUAAUUCCAAUUGCAAAGACACCAUUAAACGCAAGACCAAUUAUAUCUGUAUUAGAUUCUCUUUGUAAUGUACAAAAUUCAGAAAUUAAAUAUAAAGGUAAAAAAUUACAAAUAGCUAAAGUUAUUCAAAAAACUAACUGUUUAGUGGUGAAUGUUAUUUUUGUCAUAAUUGCUAUUAUAUUCCCACAAUUCGAUAAAAUAAUUGCCUUCUUAGGCGCUGGUUUGUGUUUUGCAAUAUGCUUAAUCUUACCAUGCUUGUUCUAUAUUAGAAUUUGUUCCAACACUAUCAAACCAUGGGAAAAAUAUACCUGUUAUACUACCAUAUUUAUUAGUGUUGUAUUCUCAAUUUUGGGUGUAGGCGCCGCUAUAUUUGCGUGA